UUCACAUUGGUCUACAAGGAAGAAAUCAUCAUGGAUUCUAAGCAGACACUAUCCCUUGAUGAUAUCAAAGCGCACAAUAGUCCUGAAGACUGUUGGAUAGUGGUUGGGGAGAAAGUCUGGGAUGUCACUGACUUUCUGAGUGUACACCCAGGAGGUUCUGAAGUCAUUCUCAAAUAUGCCGGCGGCGAUGCAACGGAAGCUUACAAUGAGAUUCAUGCCCCUGGCAUGCUUGAGGAAACCCUCGAGGAGGGCAAGUUUAUUGGCGAUUUACUCCCUUCCAGCGACGUGCCACCCUCAUCCACAAUCGAGGAAGCUGUUGAAGCAGAAAACUCACCACCUCGAAUCCAAACGAAGGCGCAAGUGCCAAUCCAGAUUCCUCAUCAGGUUCCGGAUGUCUACGAAAAGCCACACCUCCAUUCCCUCAUAUCCGCAGCCGAUUUCCGAGAGGUUGCGAAGCACACGUUGACGCCGAAAGCAUGGGCCUUCUACUCCAGUGCUGCCACAGACCUUGUGACGUACACACAGAACAAGGCUCUUAUACGCCGUGUCAUGAUCAGACCUCGUAUAUUGCGGGAUGUCAAACAUGUUUCGACAAAGCGUAAGAUUUUGGGCUGCGACUCCGAUGUCCCAUUUUUCAUAUCGCCCGCUGCGAUGGCAAGACUCGCACACCCCGACGGAGAGUGUGCGCUCGCACGCGGAUCAGGGAAUGAGGGCAUUGUACAAUGUAUCAGCAGUAAUGCAUCAUACCCCUUGUCUGCCAUCGUAAAGUCGGGGAAGAAAGAUCAGCCAUUCUUCUUACAACUAUACGUCAAUUCGGAUCGAUCAAAAACAGCAGAACUCCUGAAGAAGGCUGCUGCGCUAGGCAUCAAGGGAGUCUUCGUCACUGUCGAUGCACCAGUGCCUGGAAAACGUGAAGCCGAUGAAAGGAUAGCUGCUGAGGCUGUUGCAAGUGCAAUUUCCGGCGCUGUGGCCAGUAAUGAUAAGAAGGGUGGAGGGAUGGGGAGAUUGAUGGCCCAGUACGUCGAAAAGAGUUUGAUCUGGAAGGAUAUCCAAUGGAUCAAGGAUGUAUCCGGAUUACCAGUGGUCCUGAAGGGUGUUCAGAGUGCCGCCGACGCGAUACUUGCCUCCGAGUUUGGCGCAUCAGGCGUUAUGCUAAGCAAUCAUGGUGGCCGUUCUCUUGAUGGUGCGCAACCUUCGAUUCUGGUGUUGUUAGAAUUGCACAGAAUUUGUCCAGACAUCUUUGAUAAGCUCGACAUUUACAUCGAUGGUGGUUUUGAACGUGGCUCUGAUAUACUGAAAGCCAUUGCACUUGGUGCAACGGCUGUUGGUAUCGGCAGGCCAUACUUGUAUUCAUUGACAUAUGGGCAAGAGGGAGUCGAACAUAUAACACAAAUUUUGAAGGAUGAGCUCGAGACAUCACUGCGUCUUUGCGGCCUUACAGAUAUCAACCAGGCCCACCCUGGCUUGAUAAACACGCAGGACAUCGAUCAUAUGGUCGCGACUAGCUCAGCCCAUCCAUACAUCCAAUGGAGACCACGUGCUAAGAUGUAA